UCCGCCGUUCUGUUUCUGGCUUUCUGCCUGUGCAGUGCAAUGUACAGUACAUUGAGGUUAUAAAUUUAAACUGUAUAUUAUCAAAGUAAUUUUACUGGAAUAUUCAUUUAGUAGUUAGUGUUUGGAAACUAGUAUUGUAGGCAGAUACAUCGUCUGAAUUUAUAAUUUAAUGGUGAGGCUUGGUACCUGAUUUGUAUCGAUUGCUGUUCUACACCAUACAAUAAUGCGCCGAAAACAUAGCUUUCUUUGGAAAUAUUUCAGUGUUGUAGAUCGUGAAAAAGGAGUUGCAUCGUGUAAUAUAUGUGGAAAACAUUUCAGCUUUAAGACAACUACCUCAAAUUUGAAAAAGCAUCUUAAGAGAUCAAAUCACUUCGAUCAUCUGAAUUUGGAUUCUGAUUCACAGCAAGGAACUUCUGUGGAGUUCAUUGAAGUGGACGGCUUUCCAAAUGACAUGAACAAUGGCGAGGAUGUCGAACGGGAACUGCAGCAAGUGAAUCAGCAAUGCCAGCUGGUCAUAGAAGAAGGUGUCGAGCCUCAAGGCCACUCUCAGCCCGAAGACCUACUAGACAUCAGCAACAAUACGUUCAACGCCCUGCAAAGGAGCGCCAUGGCCACAGAACAGGACAUCGUUUCGGUCAACAUGGACUUGAAACAGGCCUUCCAAGCUGAAAUCGAAGGCAUCGGAGACCUCACAGAGGCCGACUUCGGUGGGAAGAUAGACACCAUACCGACCCCUGACCCAGCACCGAUUGUGCAAAGAGAGCUCCCCAGAAUGCACCGACAAAGUGAGUACCGUUUGCACACCUCCUCGAAACCGGUACACCGUGUGACGUCAUCCCUCAACCAAUCGCCAGCUGUUGACAGCUCGUCGAAAGAUGUAACUGACAACGAGUUUGACUUGUUCGGCAAAUAUAUUGGGAAACAACUGCGCAAACUGUCCAAAGUCAACUCGUUCCUCGCGCAGGACGAAAUCCAGUCGAUUCUGACCAGGUACAGGAUCUAUGAAACAAUGUCUGGUAGUCGGCGAAGCUCAAUCAAUUCUGACAAGUGACAUACGGUUUUGUGACUGAAGGAAUAAGUAAAUUUACUCUUUCCACCGCCCGGUUACAAAAAUACUCAUCUCUGACAAAAAAUAACAUAGUGAGUGUUUUGUAACUGAAGGAAUAAGUAAAUUUACUCUUUCCACUGCCCCGUUGCAAAGAUACUCAUCACUGACGUACGGUUUUGUGACUAGAGAAAUAAGUAGAUUUACUUAUACCACCGCCCGGUUACAAAAAUACUCAUCUCUGACAAAUAACAUAGUAAGUGUUUUGUGACUGAAGGAAUAAGUAGAUUUACUUUCCCCCAUCGCCCGAUACUCAUCUCUGAACUGUACAUAUUUUGUAAAACAGCUGUUUUCUGCUUCCUAUUCAUUGACAGAACCAGGACUUCCCAUAUACUAGGAGGUCCUGACAGAACCGUUUUAAAUUUAACGGUUUUAACUGACAGAAAAGUUUUAAAUGUUGUCUGCAUGUAUGUAUGUGACGUGCAUUUUCAACCAAUAUGUAUAAAUCGAUUUUAUGAAAUUUGAGAGGAAUGAACUUUUUUGAUUUGGGCGUUGAAGUAUGUGCACGACUUUUAAAAAUGUUAUAUUUUAAGAAUAUAUGAAGUAGAAAGAAUUUCUUCGUUACAAUAAUAUUACUUAGAAAUUAAGAAUCAAAAGUACCCUUCUUUCAACUUUAUUUUAUUCCACACAAAAAAAGUUGAAAAAGGGUACUUUGACAACAAGAUUACCAAUAUAGGGUAAUUUUUGUGUAAAUAUAAGUGAGCCAUUACCAAGAAAGUGAAUACUAAUAUUACUAAUGGGGUUUUCAUUAUGCAUUUCCUAAUUUGAAAUUAAAUAGACCGAGAUUUGUAAAAAAGUAAAUUUCGUAUGGCUUUUGUUGGUGGGGAGUUCCUUUCGGGAAGGUCCCACCGCCUGAAUAUUCAUAAUUUAAGCCGUCAAUGGGCCUCACGACUGUCAUACUUCAGCCGGGACCGACAGUUUAACGUGCCCAUCCGAUAACACGGCAGUGAUCUGGUUAAAAAACUUUUGGUAAUGAGAGGGUUCGAACCGAGAUUUGUGUGAGAUCUAUUGGUCAUGAUAUCCUACUAGAGAUGGCUAAGCUUUGUUAUAUCGAAUGUUGCUAUUCGAUUCUCUCAUAUAUAAUCUUCUAUAACAAAGGAAAGAAUUGGCUUAUACGCGUAUAAGGGAUAGGAAAUUCACGAAUCAUCACCACGUCUAAACUAUUGGACUGAUUUAUAAUUGAAAUUUUGCAUAUAGAUUCUCAAUUUACCGAGAAUGGUUAUAGGCCUAUUCUUAAUUCUUCAUGAUUUCAGUUGGUCAAGUUUUCAGUUUGUCAAACUUUUAAUUAGACCCUUGCGGAGCACGGGUUACCAGCCAGUUAAGAAUAUAGAGAUGAUAGUUAUCAAAUAAUUAUAAACUUGACGUUUCAGAUUGACAGUUGAAAAAUCUUAUAUUUAGAAGCUGUUUGUCAAGCUUCCAUUCGACAUAAUCUAUUAAAUGUGAAAAAUGCUGUACCUGUGAAUGAUAAUAUUAUAGUAAUACAUGAUGAUUAUUCAAUAAUAAUAAGCAGAGGUGGGAAAAUUUUGUGGUGUACAACACAAGCGCAAACAUUUUGCCAAAUUCUAUAGAUGGAGGCUGGUUACACAAAAGCCUGUUGAAUCUUACUUAUGAUUGAAUGCCACGAUGACUAAUCAGAUAAACUUCCUCCUGGCAUUUAAUUAUGACCUAAAUUUAACAGGUUUUUGUGCAACCUGGCCAUAGACUUAAUUAGCUUCAUAUGGCGCUCCACAAAUUGUAUAUCAUUCGACAAAGAUUAUCUCUGUACACAUGCAUUCUAAUAUAACUAAUGUAUGACUAUCAAUGUAAUUUGGAAUUUGAAUAUAUAUUAUUGAACGUGACUUGAUAUUUAAAAUAUUGCUUUUACUUUUAUGUGUAUUGUCGCUGUUUAGAAACUGUAGAGCUUCUCUAAUAUUGAGUAUUAGUAAGUCAGUAAAUGUAAGCUGUAUUAACAGUGUAAAUAUUCUAUUCAAACGAACCAUAAUCAUAUCACUGCAAGAUCUUCCCAUUAAUUAGAAACUUGCGACUUUCACAAUACUACGCUAUGAUUACUUGAAAUGAAUUAAUGCAAGAUUUGAGCUUGUACCAUAAAAUAACGUAAUUUUAUUGUGAUAGUAAAUUUGAUGUUGCUUGAGACAAUAAUUCGAAAUAAUAUAUAAAAUAGAUAAUUUUAAUAAAUCUAUGUAGGUAACAAAGUUAUUGCAUUUUUGAUUAUGAUUAAUAAGUUAUCAUUUGUCAAUUCCAUCUGAAAAAGUAGAUAAGUUGAUAUAGAUCUUUUUAUUGUAACCACAUGUCAGUAAAUGUAAGCCGUAUUAACAGUGUAAAUAUUCUAUUCAAACGAACCAUAAUCAUAUCACAGCAAGAUCUUCUUAUUAAUUAAAAACUUGCGACUUUCACAAUACUACGCUAUGAUUACUUGAAAUGAAUUAAUGCAAGAUUUGAGCUUGUACCAUAAAAUAACGUAAUUUUAUUGUGAUUGUAAAUUUGAUGUUGCUUGAGACAAUAAUUCGAAAUAAUAUAUAAAAUAGAUAAUUUUAAUAAAUCUGUAGGUAACAAAGUUAUUGCAUUUUUGAUAUUACAAAAUGCAUUGCUAUCUUGUGUGAUGACGCAUUCAACUGAAAGAAAAUUAUUACUGUAUGUUCAAAUUAUAAUAAGUUAUCAUUUGUCAAUUCCAUCUGAAAAAGUAGAUAAGUUGAUAUAGAUCUUUUUAUUGCAACCACAUGUCAAUUUUAUGGAGUUUUCCUAUAAUGUGUUUAAAGUGAAAAAUUAUUAUAUUUUAAUAAUUUGAAGUUGUUUGUAUUCUUAAAAAGUAAAAUGUGUUUUUGAAGCAAAAAA